AGCAUGCUCAGUGAGGUGAAAAAAUAUUUCACUGAACCAGAAAAGAGGGAGGUUCAUUAGAGGUAUUAAAUAUAACCAUGAUCAUAUAAUGUUAUUCAUUUGUUCCUUUUAUGCCUCAUUCCACUUAAUGGCCCUGUAAAAAAUUGAUUUAGACCUAAUUCACAUAACUCAUUCUGUUUAGUAAAAAAUGGUGUGAGGCUUAUAAAUGCAACAGUCUCCUGAUUGCACAGAACGGUGAAACAUGCUUGGUCGUGUUGAAGGGCCACAGCGCAACUGUUUGCUGUUUACUUCACUACAGCCACUCACGUAAUUACUACAUAUUCCAGCGACUCUUAUAUAAACGUCAAGAGCGGUUCUGUGAUUGGCUGAGGACAGUGUCAAUCAAAGCCCCUUCAUCCAAUAGAUUCGUUGCUCGCUCUCAAACUAUGGCGGCCAUGUUGUAUCCGCGGGGGACUGGAGGCUGUUCGGAACCGAGGCUGUCUUCAGUCGGGAGUGUACGGUGGGGCUCUCGGGCUUGAACUCGUCUGGGUUUUACACCAUUACAGAUCUACACUCCUCGCCAUGAGCCGUCCGUCCUCUGCGGGAGGCGCGGCCGGAGGACUCGGAGCUGGUAAAGCAGGAGGAAGUAAGCAUGGAGGUUCUGGAGGAACAACCGCCUCUGCUGCCGCCGCCGCCGCCGCUGCUGCCGCUGCCGCCGCCGCAGCAGCAGCAGCCGCCGCCGCGGGGGUAUCCGGCUCUGUCGCAGGCUCUGGUACGGUCCCCGCGGCCGCUGUAGCCCUUCCAGCCGCUGCCCUACCGGGACAGUCAGCCGAACUGACAGCGCUGUUUGAGUGCCCGGUGUGUUUCGACUACGUGCUGCCCCCGAUCUUGCAGUGUCAGGCUGGGCAUCUGGUGUGUAACCAGUGUCGGCAAAAGCUCAGCUGUUGUCCAACUUGUCGCGGCCCUCUCACGCCAAGCAUAAGGAACUUGGCAAUGGAAAAAGUUGCAUCUACUCUGCCGUUUCCGUGUAAGUAUGCCUCAGCUGGAUGUCUGCUGUCCCUUCACCACAGUGAGAAGCCAGAGCACGAAGAAGUCUGUGAGUUCCGCCCCUACACCUGCCCAUGCCCGGGGGCUUCCUGUAAAUGGCAGGGCUCCCUGGAGGCCGUCAUGCCACAUCUCAUGCAUGCCCACAAAUCCAUUACCACCUUACAGGGCGAGGACAUUGUUUUUCUGGCCACGGAUAUUAAUCUACCAGGGGCUGUGGACUGGGUCAUGAUGCAGUCAUGUUUCGGCCACCACUUCAUGCUGGUUCUAGAGAAGCAAGAGAAAUAUGAGGGACACCAGCAGUUCUUUGCCAUCGUGCUGCUCAUUGGCACGCGAAAGCAAGCAGAGAACUUUGCCUACCGCCUUGAGUUGAACGGCAACCGUAGGCGGCUCACUUGGGAGGCCACGCCGCGCUCGAUCCACGAUGGCGUAGCAGCAGCCAUCAUGAACAGUGACUGUCUUGUGUUUGAUACCUCUAUUGCCCACCUGUUUGCAGACAAUGGCAACCUGGGUAUCAACGUGACCAUCUCUAUGUGCUGAGGUGGCAGCGUAAGCCUUUAUCCAGUCACCCAAACCUUGGACAACCUCUGCUCCCUAUCAGACUGCAGGUUCUGAAGGCAACGGUUGGGAGAUGUAUACAUUUGUGUAUAUUUCGGUUCGAGUCAUCCGCUAAAACAGCGCACACUUUCCAGAUUCACUAGUAGGUUAGUUUGCUAGGUUAGGAUGGCAAGAGUCCUUCUCGGGAUGAAGCGGGGAGUGUGCAGGUGUUAGCAAUCCGUUGAAGGCACUGGUGCAAUUGAGAAUUUCUUUUGCACACCCCAAGGAUACAAAAACCUCAACUUUCUGAUUAUACCUUCAAUAGAUGUUUAGAUGUGGAUGAACACCAUCACAGAAUCAAAAUGCUAACUUGGGAAGAGUCUAGGCAUGAAGGUGUAACAUUUGCCUCAGAAGCUUAUAAAACCUAUGUUGUACAAAACUGCACUGACUACUUUGGUUUUCGUCUUUGGAUAUUGAGUGAAACCAUGGAAAUUGUACAUGGCAAUGUAAAUGGUAAUCCUCUGAAUUUCAUGGUUGUAUAUUGGCUUGAUAAAACAAUGCCCAUGGUGGAAAUGCGGUGUGCAUGGUGGAAAUAAAAUUCACUUGCAAAAAUGAGUACAUAGCCACCAUGUUUUUAAGGCAAGAAUCUGACCUCUUCACCAUGUUUUUUUUCCCUUCCUUUCUUUUUUUUUUAAUACUAUAUCUGUCAUCAGUGUUGCAAGAUGUAAUGAGGACAAUACUUGGUUUAUUUUAUGGUCCUUAUCCAGAGGAGAGAACUGGUUUGAGAUCAGCACAGAUAUAAGUUCCAUAAAAUGACAGAACUACAGCCAACCAUUUCAAAUUUUGUUACCCGUGAUCUAAUGCCACAAAUAUUCAUAGAUAUAUUUGUAUACGAUACUUGAUUUUUUUUUUUUUUAUGGAUAGUUGGCCUUUUAAAUUAUAAAUCUGUUAUUUAAUUACCCUCAUGUUCUAACAUUUAUUUGUGGAGCACCAAAGGAGAAGUUAAGUAGAAUAUCUCGGCUGUUCUCUUUCAGUACAGUGUACUUGGAUGGGACUGGGGCUUGUUAAGCUCCAAAAGGAAAAAAAAAAAAAAAAAAAGCACCAUAAAUGCAGACCAUACAACCUGUGCUCUAUAUUUUAAGUCUUCUGAAGACAUAUGAUAGCUUUGUUAGAGGCAGAGACUGAAAUUUAAGGCUUUUUACUGAAAAUAUCUAAUUGUAUGAAAAAGAGCAGCUCACACAUUUUGCUAGAGGACUCCUAUACAGGUUUCAAUAACACAAGGAGAGGAAAUGACAGAAUUUUCAUUUGAUAAUGAACAAUUUCUUUUAUAUAGGUGUUCCACCUUUGCUUUUUAGCGUACUUUGUCUUGUCAACAGUGACUGUAUGUAAAAGAUUUAGCCUGCGCACAAACAACAAUCUGUUAUUUUCUCGUUGAUAAAGUGUCCACAUUUAAUUGGUUUUGUUGUCUUUGUACUUUUUUCUUACUUUAUAUUUGAGGUUAAAAGAAAAGCUUUUGUAAAAAAUAUAAACAACUUCAGUUUUGUUGUUAUUUGUUGUUAUUGUUACAUUUCUUACAAAAUGAUCGUUUAGUCUAGCUUUGUUUACUCUAGUUCUUUAAAACCCAGUAAGAUCUAAGCAAUUUCUCACUCUCCUCUAUGGUCAAUGAACCCACAAUGCCUUACUUGUAUACAAACUCAGUCUUAUAUAGUCUGCCGCCUUCUAGGACUCAGUGUCAAGUUCAGGUCACUAUCCUCCAAACCUCCAGUGUCUUGAAAGAGACUUUUAGAGAAUUUUACCAAGUGGCAUUACGAGUGGGAAGGACAUGGCACAUCAUUCUACUUUGCCCCCAAAACCUGCUGCAGUAACCGUUUCACUUACACUGUUCAAGUACGGAACCCAGCCUCUUUUCAAAUACCUCUGAUGACUUUGAAGACGUCUGCGAGAAGAGCAUUGAUAUCCCUGAAUGUGGGUGGUUCUGUGAAGAGAUCUUAAGUUUGAUGCACAACUGAUGCCCUCAGCUCUUCUUUAUCUGUCUGCUGUUUUACUCCUCCUGAAAAAUAAUUUAAAAAUGUAAAUUAAAUGUUUUAUAAAUCUG